GUCCUUCAAAAUAAAGGUGGCUUUCACGUGAACGAGUAGUGAUGGGGCGGGGCUUAGGCAUCCCUCAGCCAAUCGCGUCCACUGUUUUGCGGCUUUCCAUUCGACGAUAAACAUUGCGAUCUGACCCGCUGAGCACACAGUAAGGCAACACACGUCAACGUGAGGAGGUUAGACAGAGCGAAACCUCCCCCUCUGCAAGUCGCACUCAUUGCAACAAGACUUGAAAUAAUCGGCUACUUUACAGAUACGAACACUUUGAUGAAAUAGUGUCCUGUUUCAGAAGGAGGAGGCGCUAAGCUUGUGCUCCGACAUCCACCUUUAGCUUCGAAAAACUGUUAGCUUUGCUAGCUGUCGCGAGCUAGGUCCGUUAGCUGCUACCUACUGUCGUUUUCUUGUACGCAGCUGACCUCGAACAUAACACAGACGGGACAGCGUGUCGCUUGUUUGUCGUUUCGGGGUUGUUUGCCCCCUGGGUCGACAUCCCCAGCUCCCCUCGUCGCUGCGUGGCGCUCCGCGGACGGUUCUCGAAUAUGAUACACAAUGAGUCAAAGAGAUACCUUAGUUCAUCUGUUUGCUGGGGGAUGUGGAGGCACUGUAGGAGCCAUACUGACGUGUCCGCUGGAAGUGGUGAAGACUCGUCUACAGUCAUCCUCCAUCACCCUCUAUGUAUCUGAGGUUCAGCUAAGUACUGUCAAUGGGACCAGCGUGGCCCGUGUGUCUCCACCAGGCCCCCUGCACUGUCUAAAAUUAAUUUUGGAAAAAGAGGGGCCUCGAUCUCUCUUCAGAGGUUUGGGGCCAAAUCUAGUGGGCGUGGCACCUUCCAGAGCAAUCUACUUUGCUGCUUACUCCACCGCCAAAGAGAAGCUGAAUGGUGUGUUGGAACCGGACUCCACGCAGGUGCACAUGCUGUCGGCUGGAAUGGCAGGUUUUACAGCCAUCACAGCAACGAAUCCAAUAUGGCUCAUAAAGACGCGCCUACAGUUGGAUGCCAGGAAUCGAGGGGAGCGGAGGAUGAGUGCGUUCGAAUGCGUUCGCCGGGUUUACAACACAGACGGCUUUCGAGGCUUCUACAGGGGGAUGUCUGCAUCUUACGCCGGUAUUUCAGAGACUGUGAUCCACUUUGUUAUCUAUGAAAACAUUAAGCGCCGUCUCUUGGAGGCCAAGGCACCACAGAAUAUGGACGAGGAAGAGGACGCAUCAAAAGAUGCUUCGGACUUUGUUGGGAUGAUGCUUGCUGCUGCCACGUCCAAGACCUGUGCCACAUCUAUUGCUUAUCCUCAUGAGGUAAUCCGCACCAGACUACGAGAAGAGGGCACCAAGUAUCGUUCCUUCUUCCAGACUCUAACUACAGUACCCAGAGAGGAGGGCUACCGCGCCCUGUACCGCGGCCUCACCACCCACCUGGUACGCCAGAUUCCUAACACCGCCAUCAUGAUGUGCACCUAUGAGCUUGUGGUCUACCUCCUGAACGGUUAAAAUCUUCCCUUCCAUCAGAGUGUUAAUGUCACCCUUCCCCUGAUCACAGACGGAGAGAAGAAAACAGGAGCAACUGCACAAUAGUUGGCACUGCUAACAAGCUGCUUGAUGGAAAUGGGUAGAGACUGCACCUCAAGGUCUUUGUCUCAAAAACAAGGCCUUGGAGUUUUGUUUUGCAACCAAAGUUAAUGGCACAAGGAUGCUCAGAUUCACUCUGAAAGUCAGUGAUUACCUUGUUUUGAGUUCUGUUCUGACCUCUUGUUUGAACCAGAUCUAAGAACCAGAUUUACAUACAGACACCAAGCAAGUUGUUGGUAAAGAUGUGCAAAAAGAAAUGAAGAAUAUCUUUUAUUGCAGCAGCGUAAUUUCACACUGAAAAAUUAGCAUUUAUUCGUCUGCAUUCAUGAAUAAAAUCACUGUUGGCACAAUUGUUGGUUCUCCUGCUGGUAACAAUUUCUGCAACGCUUUCUUUUGCCAACAGGACAGCACUUAGUCUCCUAUAACAUUGGGUAUAACAUAGGUUGAAACAUGGAUACAAACACGGGGAUCUUUGACCUCUUUCAGGAUUUUCCACGGCCCUUUCUUAUGCUGUGUUCUCUUCCACUCACCCCAACGUUUUUCUGUUCCACGCACUCUAACGAGGCCCCCAGGUGUUUAGGAGCAGAAACAUGUCCACAUCAUCACAGAUCCUCUUCCGUGCUUAACAUUGGACAUGCAUAGCUUUCCCACCAAUUCAUCAAUUCUUUGACAACACGCCCAACUGAAGGGGGGCUCUAUGUUGGUCUCAUCUGACCAAAGCACACAGCUCCAGGUAAAGUCCCAAAAGAGUUCUGCGAACUCCUCAUGUUUACGUUUGUGAUGGUAUGACACUAAAGGCCUUUUCUUGGCAUCACUCCCACACAAAUGGGUUGCAUGUAGACAGCAUCUAAUGGUUGUUAUGGAGACUGGUUGACCUUAAGAUGCCAUCUUUGGAGAUAUUUUCCCCCAUCCUGUUCAUUGUGUGUAACUGCGAGCCUCGUCCAGCCUAUCUGCCUGUAGAGCUGUACGAUAUCCGUUAAAUGUGACUAUGACAAAAAUUCCUUCCACUUUCCUUCAGCUUUCAGCCACAAAAAUAUACAUCGGAUGUUUUCUAGGGCAGUGAAACUGGUUAAAUGUUUCCCUGGCAUGCACAGUGAGAAUCCUCUUCGUCCAAAAAAAAUAUAAAGUCCUACCAAUUCUAGCAUGCAGGAGUCCUGUGCAGUCAUCAUGUAUCAUGCAGCUCUAGUUACCAGUGGCUGAAAGAAAUGAGCCUUUGUUUCCUGACAUAUUGAAUUGUUGAAGAGUUCAGUAUAAAUGAAACAAUGCUCCAAUUAGGUUUAUUUUAAAGGGAUUGUUUGGGUUACCAACAACUGUGCCUCCUGUGGUUUUGUUUAAACAAUUAUUUCUUCAUGUGAUGUUCGCAGAAUAAAUAUAAUUAAAUUACAGUUUGGAUUGAUAGAUUAUGUUGCUGCAAUAAAAUGAAUUUACUGCAAUUAGUUUUUUUGUUUUUCCACCUUCUUACCAGGCAAGCCAGCAAAUUAAUCUGCAGCUUCUAAACUGCAUCAAAUAGAGGACAAAUCAGCUAAAACCUGUUCCAGUCUGUCGCAAUGAUUAAAGUUGCACAUAGCAUUCCGUGCAUCCCUCAGAAUCAAGGUGACGUGAGGAGGGACAACAGGGAAAACGGUUGGCUGAGAGGGAACGAAGGUAAAAGAUGACGUGCCUUGUGUGAAAAUCCUCACAAGUUUUCAGCCGCACGUUUCCAUGGGAGGAACGGACGCGUUUACAGAGUACGCUCACGAUUUAAAGUGAGGUCUGGGUAGGCCUGGCUGACCUGUGAACCCGUGUUUGUGUUAAAUGUAAGUGAAAAGUCAUCAAACUACAGCAGAACAGAAUCCAGUUCUCAAACUAACUGAAUGUACAUAAAGAUAAAGAGCCAAGAAAGCAUAAAAUAUUCACCCAUGUCGUGAAUUAAAAAGUUAAUAUAAUUAACAAAUUUUAACAGAAAUUGUGAUUUAUAUAUAUAUAUAUAUAUAUAUAUAUAUAUAUAUACAUAUAUAAAUAUAUAUAUAUAUAUUUAAAAUACACACACACUUCUAUAAAUAUAUAUUACCUCUAAAAUGUGAUUGUGUUCUGGUUUUGAGCCCCCUUGUGGGGAACGUUUGAUGCAUUUUCUUGAAAGGAGAGCUGAUUUGCCUAUUAGUAGUUACCUUUAUCUCCAGAAAAGGUAUUGUUCAAAUAGCACUUUUCCAGAUCUUUCAUCAGAACGCUCAUCUUGAUGUUUUGGUUUUUCUCUCGAACUCGUGGUGGAGACAUGCUUGUUUCACAGGCUAGGACAAUCCUCUCAAGUUUACACCAGAAAACCUGUAGUGUUUAGCUAGCAGAGUGGAGGAAGUGGACAAUAAUAUGCUCGUCAUAAACGCACAUUCAUUAAACGGAAACUUAAGGAUCCCUUGGUAUGUUUUAUUGUUCAUUUGUGAAUGUAGAAAAUGAAAAUUUGAGCAUUUCACAACCUUAUAUGCAGUGAUCAGAUGUGUCAUCCUUGCCAACAGUGCUGUUGGCAAACCCAGAUUUCUGCUCUGACUUCAUUUGUAGGAGUUGCCCCAGGAUUCCCAUGUUCUACGUUGAUGCAUGAACGAGGCAUGUUCAGCAACAGAGUGGACGCAGCCAUUCUCCAUGUGUCAUGGUUUUGUGGUGAUAAAACUGAGACCCUGAGUAAUACCUUUAAUACUUUUUCCUAGAAUAUGGUGACAUUUACAUUGUACAAUGUAAUCUGCACACACUUAAAACUAAUAUGUUGUUGUAGCCUUCUUUGAUUUAGCUCCUGCUUUCAGUUUUCUUUUGUUGGAGUCCAUCAGCAUCCCACAUCUUGACCUGGAUAUUUGCCCAUUCUGCCUUGUAGAAUCUAUCAGAUCAUGAGGACAUCUCUUGUCUUCAGGCCAGUCUUAUUCAGUUCUGGAUUCUGUCUGGGCCAUUUCCAAACCCCUGUGAUGGUUUGGGUGUGUUCUUAGACCCACUUUGUCUUCAGCUUCUUUUAGCAGACACCUAAAGACUUUGGGUCUGAACUUUUAUUUGCAGCUUUUCAGAACUAUCCACCUUGACACAAACCUUUGUUCCAUCUAAAGACAAGUAACCCCUCACCAUGAUGCUGCCACCACCGUGUUACACUGUGGAUACGGUGUUUUUUCCCUGACAUGCAGCAUUUCAUUUGGAGUUUGGCUCCAUCAGUCAAUAACACUACAAAGGUGUCAGAAAGAAUCUGGUGGAAGAGUUGAGCGUCAUUUUAGGUUCAUCAGAUUUAGAAUGGAUGGCAGAUGUGAACUGAGGAAGACCGAAUGCUGGAACUGAAUCAAAUGGUGUCAACAUUGUAUUAAGGUUGAGCACAGGUGUGCAACAGGAUUGUUGCAGUUUUUAUUGUAAUGGUGCAGAGUAAAUGUCAAUAUAUGUGAAAAAAGACGAUUUCUCAGCUUCUCUACUUUUUACACCACCAAGAACCUGACAUUAUGACAGUGGUUCUGAGAGCAUCCAUAUGUUCUACCCUGUGGUUCUCCUCACCUGCUUCAGAAGCGAUCCUUGAUGUGAACGCCACCCUUUUUGUUUGGUUCACUUUCCUGACACAAACAGCAGAGAGUAGUGGAAGACCCUCUGUUCCCACAGUGUAGGAGAUGUGUUGAUGCUUGAUGCAGAACCACCCACAGCUCAUGAAUCCAGUUAAAAGAACCCCUGGUGCUGCUGGUAGUGAAUGUGUAUGAAUAGGACAGAUGGUACCAGUUCCUAACCAGAAUAAAGGACGAUUUCAAACAAAUAUGAAGGAAAAUCACAAGUUUUAAUACAUUGAAAUUCUUUUUUUUGUCCUUAGUUCCGAGUUGUUCUUUCGGGUAUCUGUUGUCCACUUAUCGUGUAGAUGCCAAUGAAGGGUUGAAGUGCGAUGAACUGACCCCCUAGGUGUUUACAUCUAGACUUUUCUUCACUUGUGUCGGUGUUUGUUGUUCAUCUGAAGGAUUUAUUCUUCCCUCCAUACCCACUUGCCUAUGUGUGCCAGUGAGUAUGCCUCUGUCUGUAUUUCUUCAUGAGUUACAAAACAGUUCUCAUUCGCUUGUGUUUUGUAUGGAAGAGACCAUAUAGAAGUAUGUAUGUUGAAAACGUGAAGACAGUGUUUUGUCGUUUUUAAUAAUUUUCUCUUGCCCUUUCGUUGUCGUUUUUUUUCCAUGUCAAAGAUGAGUCUGCUAGUGCUCAGUCUAUGCAUUCUAGUUUUACCUGUUUUUGUAAGAGAAAAUGUCAAUAAAAUGAAAGAAGUGUAUGUAA